AUGGCAGUCUUGAGCCAUGUUGGCGACGAAUCAUUGUCACGUAAUUUGAAGUGUUCUGUCGGAAAUAUCAGCCAAAGUUUUUAUCAUUGUAAGUAUAAUUCAAUUUUUCACUGUAAGCGCGUUUUGCAAGCAAUCUUUUUUUCUUUUUUAAUUGUUUGUUUUAUUUUUACUCAAAUGAAUACUUUCGCCUUCUUGCCGAAUUUUUUUCUUGUGUAAGCAAGCAAUGUAAAUUUUCAACUUGAUUUUAAUUUUCUUUAGGGGAUGUAAACAGCUUAACGUUGAAAGAUGUCCAGUGCGCUGUUGCCUAUUUGGGUGAGUGAACGAAAGAGUUUUUAAUCCGCGGUUAAACAAGAAUGAGAGUUGAUUUUUCCCAAUUCUCAUUGUCCGAUGAAACGAGAACAAGUGUUAAUUAAUGCAUGAGAGUUGAUAAAGGUUGGCUGGGUAUUAUUACUACAGGUCGAGGAAUGCGAGAGCGUAUUGAACGAAUUGGUUUGUCAUAAAUUAAAAUAAUGUUUCAAAUAAAUUAAGCUUGCAAGAAUUUAAAUUCCCCUAAAUAAAUUAAAUUAAAUUCAUCAUUAAUCGCGAAGACGAACUUCUGUCGCAUUAAGCCGGUUUUCCACUAGGCGGAGAGGAAUUUUUCUUUGUCUUGUGACUUCUCGGGUGGAACUAAUUAGAAAAGACAGAGAAGUAUUCCGCUCCGCGCGCAAAAUUCCGCCUAGUGGAAAACCAGCUUUAAGGCCGUUUUCCACUAGGCGGAAUUUUCCGCGCGAUCGAACUGGAAAUUUUCUUUGUCUUGUGAUUUUUUGGGUGGAACUAAUUAGAAAAGACAAAGGGAAAUUCCGCUCCGCGCGAAAAAAUCUUCCUAGUGGAAAACGGCCUUUAUUCGUCCGUUCCAGACGACUAAUUCGUAUUAGACGAAUCUAAUUCAUGUCGAUGACUUUAGUUGCGCUAUGCGUCGCAUUUUCAGACGGAUGAAAUUCCAAUUCCUAGUUCCCAGUUAAAUUCGUCUAUUAUGCGACCUUUAACGCCUGCCUGACAGUUUGCGUCGAGCGGGGGAGCGAGAGUUGCUACUCACCUACUCUCAUCAAAGUUUCGUCAAUUUUUAUCCUCGUGUGAACAGAGCUUAGUUCUAAGUUACAUAAAUAAUUAUUAAAACGUUUCGGUGCACGAAAGUGCUUAAUGAAACCCAUCUGGAGCAAUAUUUUUAUUAGAAUUACAUCUGGAGCAAUAUUUUAUUUUCAAAUUUUAGGUAACAUCAUUUACCAUUAUGGCAGCGAUUGUUGGUUAUCCUUCCUGCACUUCGUACACGUAUUGCAAUCUUCGUGGAUAAUGUCGAUGAUAAUUACCUUGUACUACUUUGCUGUGGCAUUGUUGGCUUGUGAUGUUUUCUACAUUACCAUUAUAAAACCAAGGUAAUUGUGUUAUCUUUACUUGUUAGCUCCAUCAAUUCUAUAGAGGGCCGAGUGAUGGGGUUACUUCUUUACCUGUGAACCGUGUUCGAUGAUUUUCUUACUCCGUAAUACGUACGUGCCCUAUAUAGCUGUAACCACUGAUCUAGAAAUAUUUAACAACAUUAAUGGAUCAAUAACAAAUGCUCUUACUUGACCCGCUCGAAGGAGAACAGUUUAAUAUUAAUAGAGCUAUCCUGAAAAAAACCCGGCUGUUCACGCAAACGACAAUGCAAUUACUAUUCACGAAUAAAGUCUCUUCCAUCAUUCUUCAUUCACGGAUCCAUCAUAUCAUUGUUAAAUUGUUUUGAAUCUUUUUACCUGCACGUAAAACAAGUACGUAAAACGAUUUAACAAUGAGGGAUCCGUGAACGAAGAAUGAUGGAAAAAACUUUAUUCGUGAAUAGUUUGUCGUUUGCGUGAACAGUUUUUCGGGAUAGCUCCAUUAAUUUUAAACUGUUCUCCUUAUAGUUCAAGUAAGAGCAUUCAUUAUUGAUCCAUUUCUGUUGUCACAGCUAGGAGCCUAUAUUUAUACUGGAUAGUUUUAUCAGAAGACAGUUCUAAACUGUUUACCUUAGGCUUAGGGGUGAAGUAAGAACAGUGGCGGAAAUCUCGGUGGGGCGGGGAGCGGCCGUCCCCACCCCCCACCCCCACCCCCCCACCUUCGUGGAAAAUGACGAAUUUUCGGAAAUUUUGACCUAUAAAAGGGCUAAAAACAGCCUUUUCGAGUGCAAAUGGGGGGGGGGGAAUUGUCGGAAAUUUGAAAGUUUUGUCGGAAAUUUAGAAGGCUUCGCCCCCCACCGGAAAAAGUGAAUUUCCGCCACUGAGUAAGAACAUUCAUUAUUGAUCCAGUGUUAAUACAAGACUGAAAUUGCAGGCGUAAUUAUGUGUCCUGCGACUGUGGGGAACUUAUCAUGAGACGAGUGCAUACAACAUAUAAAUGCAACCCAGGGCACAGACAUGAAAGACUCGUGGACCUAUAUUCAUUGAUUUGCACCAAGACGCUUAUAAGCGCCCUGGUUGGCACUGAGAAGAUCCCGUGUUUCCGCCAAAAUAAAAUAAUCGUAGUUAUUUCGUCAUGCAAACAUCAAAUGAAAGCAAUUUAUUAUUUCAUUUAUGUUGUAGACAUUUUUUGGCAGAAGAGAGAUCAAGAAUCUACGUUUCCGAUAAUGAAAUGGGAGACGCAUGCUCGAGCAAUACGAGUUCAACGAUCUCAAUUCAUAUGCUGUUCGAAUUUAACUUUAUGAACUCAUAUUGCGGGAGUCAAUCUGAGAAUCAUGAAUCGUCGGCUAACCUUAACGCCAGUUACUCUAAUGUAAGUUAGCAGCUAGAAAUACAUGCAUGCAACAACCCCUCGCCUGCAUUUUCCAAACAAUGUUUCAACAUGAAGUAUCAUGAUUCUUAAUUACGCCAACACUAAAUGCAUGCUUGUGUGGGCACGUCAUGUCACAGAGUAAACUCAGCCAGUAAAGCCAGUUUUCCAUUUCAAUCGUAUCAUACCGAAACGGAGCGUAUUUCUAUGUUGCCUGAGCGGUAGUGUGGAAUUGAUGAUUCCCCUUAUUACGUUUUCGUAGCGCUUUGCAUUAUGGUUAUAGUGAUAUCACUGAUAAAAAUAGCGGCCUCGAAUGGAAAUAUUGACUGUUUUCGCGAAUAUUUUGCUGUUGGCUAUCGCGCACCUGACCCUAGCUUUUUUAAAAAGUUCUUGCACGGGUCAGGACAAAAAAUAAGCCAUCUUGAAUAUCAGUGAUACCACUAUAACCACAAUGCAAAGCGCUACGAAAACGUAAUAAGGGGAAAGGUCUAUUAAUGACUUCGACUCAAAAGAAAAUGCUACGGUACGUUACGUUACGUUACGUUACGUUACGAUGCGGUUGAAGUGGAAAAGAGGCUUAAGUGUACUAUAGUAUGAACAUUUCUAACAACAGAACUAUCGAUUUCUAAAAUAUACAAAGUAGGUAUAUAAUAUGUUAUUUUGCAUUCUAUGGGCUCAGCUCUAUUUUAAUGUAAAAUUUUAUCGCGAAGCACUUCGUAAACCGUUUUUAAAUCUUAUUGAAAUUAACAUAGGCAGCCCAGAAAAUAUAUCCAGUACUAAAGUUCGUCUGAAUUUGUUAUCAAGCGAUUUAUUGUGUGGUCAUCAUAUAUGCAGAUGCCGAUGUUGUGACUAUAUGAAACUGACAAUAAUGUAAAAAUCGGAAUCUGCACAUAUAAUGACCUACACAAUAAAUCGCUUGAUAGCAAAUUCAGGCGAUCUUCAUAAGUAUUUUUAAGCGUUUAAUGCAUUUUAAGUGAAUUUGCUAUCCUUUUUUAUUUAGUAAUGAGCUUGUAGUGACAAAUUGUAAGCAAGUUAAUUUAAGAAACAUUCGCGUACAAUGAAUAGGAAAGCUGUCAGUGCAUGUUUAGGCAAAACUUGAACAACGUACAAAAACUAAGUCAGUCUAAGUCGUACAUAAAAAAAAAUAAACUUGCCCUAUACUUUAGGAUUUUUCAUAAAUCAAUUCUUAAUGUUUGCGAGUAAAAAUUGAAAAAUAUGUUUGCUUCUUUUACUCCUGGCAAACAACUAUAUUUUGAAAUCAGGGAGACGAGGAAUGCAACCUCCAACCGGAAAUGUGAAUACCAGUCCCAGUCUUUUCACGCAUGCGAAAAGCGCUCAAUCCAGUUAUAUUCAUUUAAAAUACUCAUUAAUAAUUCAUAAACCUUGUGGCAAAUCAUGUCAGCCAUAAUGUGUCACGUGGAGUGACUUUAUAUCUGAUAAAGGAUGAGGCAUUAUAUAAUUGUUCAUCCUAAUUAGUAUGACUAUAUAAUGGUUCAUCCUAAUUAGUAUUCUUUUGUAGUCGUACUUUAAGCUAUUCAAAACACUCGUUGUCGUGUUUUAUCAGACAUAAAACGCUCGGCUGCGCCUCGCGUUUUAUAUCUGAUAAAACACUCCUACUCGUGUUUUAAAUAGUAUUCAAAAACUCAUUAAUAAUUCAUGAAGCAAUUAUCCAAUCUUGAGUAAGAAAUUAAUCACGUGCAUACGUCUUUAUACCAGCUAAAGAACACUUUAACAAAAGACUAUUGUUAUGCAAACUAUAUAAAGAUUUUUAUAUAAAGAUUUUUAUAUAAAAAUUUUUAUAUAAAGAUUUUUAUAUAAAGAUUUGACUUAUUAUGCAUACGUUUUUGAAGCCAUUUAAAACACUCGCAGGUCGUGUUUUAUUAGGUCUAAGGCCACUCGCGCUGCGCGCUCGUGGCUUUAAACCUAAUAAAACACUCCUGCUCGUUUUUUAAAUGGUACCUUAAAUGACACCCAUGAAUUGACAAACUAAUUUAGAAUUCGCUAAUGCUUUCCUUUCCCUGGGUGUAAAUAGACAGGCGAAAUUAGUACCCUUGCCCGCAUGGACUAACGCUCGGAAUGGCGCUCCUGCGCCGUUGGCUUGGGGUGACGGUAGCUUUAUACAGUACAUACAUUUACCAUUUUCGAACGCUCUUGUGCUAUUAAUAUCCAUGCCAUGUCUUACGCGUUACACAAGGAUCCUAUUGUUCUGAAAAAUUAAUAUCCAUUGUUUGUUUUUUAAGGCUGUAUGGAAAGCAGAGAAUUGUGCGAAAGAGCAAAGUUUAGACCGUCUCUCAAAUCCAGAGAAACAACGACGCCUUAGCUUCUCAGCCUCAGAGUUUGAAAGAUGGAAAGAACGUCUCAAUCCGGGAUUGGGUCAUUUUGUGAGGCUUUGUAAAAGUUUAUCGUCGUUGAGCGUUGGUGGUGUUUCUAGAGGUAAUAUUUUGUUGUCAGGUUAAAACUGUAUCUGUUGUUGUUGAUGCGAAAAAGUAUAAUACUAUUCUAUAUGGCAUUUUACCAUCGCCACAACCAUCAACAUCACCACCAUCAUCAUUCACAUUAUUACCUUCAUUAUCGUCAAUGUUCCACCACCACUGUCAUCACUACCAUCAUCAUUAUCAACAUCAUCUUCACCACUGAUACCACCAUUACCGCCUCCACCACUUACUACCGUCACCACUACCCAUCAUCACCACCAACGAACAGUCAUAACCAUCAUCAUCACCCAUCCCUCCUCCACCAUCAUCAUCACACAAAAGAUCUUUCAUAAAUAAUAACCAUUUUAAUAAACGUUGUUUCUUAGGCUCAAGUAAUGCAUUAAACAUCAGCAGUUCUGACUUUUCAACUCACGACAUAUCUGAAAUCACAGACCACUCCGUAGUAGCCUUAUCCAGCGGUAGUGAAGACCCAAGCUCCAUAGCGCUUUCUCAAUACAGUCAGCACACUGUGUGGACUAUGUACAGUCACCCAGUGCCUGGCUCCAUAACGUCAUCCAAUCCGCAUCAGAAUCAACUGAAGCGUUCCGAAAGGGAGUACGUCUUCGUCCAAAGACCUUUCGUGAUGCCGCUGCCUCGGGUGAAUAGUUGGCUUAAGAAUAACUUCUUUUGCAGCCAAGCAAGUAACCCAGCAAGCUCUGGUGAUCCUGGUAGCCUCACUAACAAAGCUUGCUCGGUUGGACAGGAUAGACAGAGAGGGCAAAAUAACCACGUUAUCCGUUCCAGCAAUGUUGCUCAGGAUACGUUGGUUAGCCAAAAUGGAGAAACUAGUGGCACAUGGGCUCGGGCAAACCAAAUUAUCCGUGAUGCUAAUUGUUACUUGAUCAACAAUCAAAAAACAGAAGUAGUCUUGUGUGGAAUCCCAGCGGUUACCGGACAAGACUACUUCAAGCCUAUGGUCGAAGUGGUUCGCUCAAGAACAUGGGGUUCGAUGAUCGAACUUCACCGCAAGUCAAAUUGGUCGCCCACAAGUAUUUACAAAUCGCUGCCCAACGUGUACGAGGAGUUUGGUCUGAAAAAUAGAGUCGCUUUCAAUGUGGAAGUCGUGGAGACAUUGAAUGCUACCAUAUUUCAUCCACCUUCUUCUAUAGAAGAGAAAGAUGACAAUUUAGAUGAUAAUUUCGACAGUAUCAGUGUAACAUGUCAGAAGGUGGAGAAGAGGGAUCAGGCAUUACGCGAUGCGGCGAGAGGUACGAAUAUUUUAUCUUGCAGUAAUGCACAGUCGUGGUUUGUCUCUGAACUAGAUAACUAAUAACAUUUCCAAGGUAUUUAAGUUUGGUAAUGAGGUUAAUAUAGCGUGUUGUAUUCUUCCGAGGUAUUUUCAAUCCCUUCCAGACAGGGCCAUAGACCGAAAAUUGGGGGGGGGGUUGCAUAUUCAUAUACCGUAGUUACUCGAUUGAACGCCGCCGCAUUUGAGAUCAAUUUUUUUUAAAGAGCGCCGCACUAAACAGUGUAAAAACUUUCCGCCGUCAAAAUGGGGACAUUUAGUGACAUUUAAAACUUGUUUAUUUUAUUGUUAUUCUUUUAAAAGCGCCGCCCCCGAAUGAGCGCCGCUGAAGCUCCGAAAAUUUAAAGAGCGCCACGGCGCUCAAACGAGUAAAUGCCGCAUUCGUGUUCUGCCCGACGGAUUUCUUUUGAAAGCGAAAUACUGUUUUUUACGGUAUGUGAACAUGAAUAUAUAUAUGAAUAUACCCCCCCCCCCCCUCCCCCAAUUAUCGCGUCUAUCUAUGGCCCUGCUUCCAGGUAAUUCAAACACAAAUCACGGCCGCUUAUCGUACAAUAUAUACCUACGCUGCAUAAUCCUAGCUCCCUUAGUUAGUUGAGAUAUCAUUUUCAGGUAGUUCAGGUAUAAACCACGACAGUUUACUGUGAAAUGCUAACGCGAACCCCUGUUCCCAGGUGCGAAAGGCUGAAGUAACGUACUCAUUUGUAUCUUCACUAUAAUUUUGCUGCAAUCUAUUUGUACUGCUUAUUUUACAGCAACGUUUGAACAGAACAGAGCACGACAGGCCAGAACACGUCGACUCAGGUUGUUCAGAGAGCAUGAGGAGAUAGAAGCAACAAGACCAGUACAGGUAAUAGUUUUCAUUGAGUAAUUAACUGUUUAUUGCAUACCUCUCUUAGACAAAAAUAAAUAUUUCUAUUCACAUUAUUUUAAUAAUGAAAAGCUCGAUUAUAUAUACAUUAUCAGAACUGUGGUAGCCAGCUAGGCAUGCGAGUUAUUAAAAUAACUCGCAUGCCUGGCUACCACAGUUCUGAUAAUGAUUAAUGUAUAUAUAAUCAAGCUUUUAAAUAAAUAAUAUAGCUAUGUGGAUAAAUUGUGUGUAACGGUCAUAAGAAUACGUUAGUUGAUUAGGCUAAUCUAAGGUGAUUGUAUUUUGUCUUUAUACAUUCUAUUUUCACUUUUAGGUUGCUCGUUCAAUUAGCUUUAUUGAUGUUUUGAAGAAAGAAACCUAUAAGCAAGUGUUUGUUCCUUUGCUUUUCCAAGUAGGAAAGGAAAUUUUGAGUGGCCUUUUGACAUGA